GCUAACGCCACUUUUAUUUUUUUGGUUCAAAGUUGAAAUGGAAAUAUUAAUUUCUUUCUCAACCUGCAGGUUCUGCUGCUUGAUGGCAGGGGCCAUCUACUGGGCCGCCUUGCUGCCCUGGUGGCUAAACAGGUUCUGCUGGGACACAAAGUGGUGGUGGUGAGAUGCGAAGGCAUCAACAUCUCCGGCAACUUCUAUCGCAACAAGCUGAAGUACCUGGCUUUCCUGCGCAAGAGGAUGAACACCAACCCCUCUCGUGGACCUUACCACUUCAGAGCUCCUAGCAGGAUCUUCUGGAGGACUGUCAGGGGCAUGCUUCCCCACAAAACCAAGAGAGGCCAGGCUGCUCUGGAGAGGCUGAAGGUGUUCGACGGUAUCCCCCCACCUUAUGACAAGAGGAAGCGCAUGGUUGUUCCAGCUGCUCUCAAGAUUGUGCGUCUGAAGCCCACUCGCAAGUUCGCCCUCCUCGGGCGUCUGGCACAUGAGGUCGGCUGGAAGUACCAGGCAAUCACAGCCACCCUGGAGGAGAAGAGAAAAGAGAAGGCCAAGCUCCGCUACGCCAAGAAAAAGACAGUGAACAAGCUGACCAAGCUGGCAGAAAAGAACUUUGAGGCCAAGAUUGCAAAAUACACAGACGUUCUGAAACAAUAUGGAGUCCUUGUCUAAGCUGGUUACCUCUGGCUAAUAAAGAUAAAUAAAUGUUUACUAAA